AUGGCUUCUUCUUCUUCUUCCUAUUCUUUGGAUCACGUUAUGAGAUACCAUGUCUUUCCGAGCUUCCACGGACGAGAUGUCCGUAGAGGCCUUCUCAGUCAUUUACACCAACGGUUCUCAACCAACGGGAUCACGACGUUCAAAGAUCAUAAUAUCGAAAGAGGCCAGACGAUCGGACCUGAACUCGUACAAGCGAUUAGAGAAUCCAUAGUCUCAAUCGUAGUGCUCUCGAAAAAUUAUGCUUCUUCAAGCUGGUGUUUAGAUGAGUUGCUGGAAAUCUUGAAAUGCAAAGAAGCAUUGGGGCAGAUUGUGAUGACCAUCUUUUACGACGUUGAUCCAUCUGAUGUUCGGAAACAGAGUGGAGAUUUCGGAAGCGCUUUUGAGAGAACUUGUGAAGGGAAAACGGAGGACGAUAAGCAGAGGUGGAUCAAAGCUUUAGCAUAUGUUGCAACCAUAGCUGGAGAACACUCUCUAAACUGGGCUAACGAAGCAGAGAUGAUCCAAAAGAUUGCGAAAGAUGUUUCCAAGAAACUAAAUGCUACACCGUCGAUGGAUUUUGACGGAAUGGUGGGCCUGGAAGCUCACUUGACAAAAUUAGAGUCUUCCUUAUGCCUAGAAUGUGAUGAAGUGAAGAUGAUUGGAAUUUGGGGUCCUGCAGGGAUUGGUAAGUCCACCAUUGCUAGAGAUUUAUAUAACCAACUCUCUGCUGAUUUUCCACUUAGUUGUUUUAAGGGAAGUCAUAGGAGCAUGCCUGUUGAUGACUAUGAUUCGAAGUUGUGGUUGCAAAACCAACUUCUGUCUAAUAUUUUGAACCAAAAGAAUGUGAAGAUACAUCAUUUAGGUGCAAUUAAAGAAUGGCUACAAGAUCAAAGAGUCCUUAUCAUUCUUGAUGAUGUAGACGAUCUAGAGCAAUUAGAGGUUUUGGUAAAAGAACCUUCUUGGUUCGGUUAUGGGAGUCGGAUCUGUUGGAACUCAAUUUUUAAUAUUGAAGUUUAUUUGAAUGAGAAAUGCUUGUCCAAAGUUUGUUGCUAA